AUGUCCUUCUAUAACAACAAUGGCUUUUAUCAACCAAAUUCAUCUUCUGGGUACUCUUUCCCACAAGGUUCUAUGAACACCUUUAACCAUGCCCAGCCAAAUAGUACUGGCACUGGUGGUAACAUUGUACCAGAAGAACAAUUACCCACAGGGUUGUUAAACGCAUUUUCCACAAGGGGUUAUUCUUACGAACCUCCUCUAUUAGAAGAACUCGGUAUUAACUUCCAUGAUAUCUGGUCUAAUACGAAGUCUGCUUUAUUAUUGAAAAAAACUGAAAUUAAUGAUAGUAAUUCCAUUGAUUUAACUGGCCCACUAUUUUUCGUUUUAAUUUAUGGUAUUUUUUUGUUGAUGAGUGGUAAACUACAUUUCGGGUACAUAUACGGCGUGGGUUUAUUUGGUUCAUUAUCUUUGCAUUUUCUUUUGAAAUUGAUGGGCAACAACAGUAACGGUUUACAAUUUUUACAAACUACAAGCAUUUUAGGGUAUUCAUUUUUGCCACUAUGUAUUUUAUCUGGAAUAGGCAUUUUUUUGUCCUUACAUAAUAUAAUGGGUCUCAUAAUUAGUUUGAUUUCUGUUUGCUGGUGCACUUUUAGUAGUAGUGGCAAAUUUAUGAAAGUUUUACAAUUGAAUAAUGCGAGAGCACUAGUAGCAUAUCCUUUAUUUAUCUUUUAUACAGUAUUUGCAUCAAUGGCUGUAUUUGUGUAA